AAGCACGUCAGGCUGCAUUUAUAGAAAGAGAAACAGAUCUCACUCUGCUCUCUAUUUCGCUGGCGACGGCUUAUGCUCCGGCAAAAACUAUGCUUUUGGACCCACAAAAUUUUGAUUUCUAAUCUGUUGUAGAAAUCCUAACCCUUUUUCUCUGUUCCGUUUCUCUCUAAAAUGUCAGUAUACGACGCUGCGUUUUUGAACAGUGAACUCUCGAAGCCGACUUCUAUCUUUGGGCUCCGGCUAUGGGUAGUGAUAGGAAUCUUCGUCGGAGCCGUCAUUGUGAUUAUUUUGUUCCUGCUGUCCCUCUGCAUCACUUCUCGCCGCCGGAGACCUCCUAGUUCUAGUAAGCUUGGCGCAGGCGAGUUUACUCCGGUGGUGUCGAAGGAGAUUCAGGAGAUCGUUCACGAAGCUGCUCCCGACCACCGGCCGGUGCUGCCUCCAGCGUCGGAGAUCCAGAUCGACAUUGGGAAAUCAGAGCACCGCGUGGUGUUCUCCGACCGGCUGUCGUCGCAGGCGAGCGGGGAGAGCCGGGCGACGAGCGUGACUGAAACGGCGUCAUUAGGGGGUGGGCCGCCCGAGGUGUCGCACCUGGGGUGGGGACGGUGGUACACGUUGAGAGAGCUUGAAGCGGCGACGAACGGUUUGGCUGACGAAAAUGUGAUCGGGGAAGGAGGUUAUGGAAUUGUCUAUAGAGGUGUGCUGGCUGAUAACACGAGAGUGGCUGUGAAGAACUUGUUGAAUAACAGAGGCCAAGCUGAGAAGGAAUUCAAAGUGGAGGUUGAAGCCAUAGGCCGGGUCCGGCACAAGAAUCUUGUUAGGUUGCUGGGAUACUGUGCUGAGGGAGCUUACAGGAUGCUUGUGUAUGAGUAUGUGGACAAUGGUAAUUUGGACCAGUGGCUUCAUGGGGAUGUAGGGGAAGUCAGCCCUCUGACAUGGGAUAUUCGGAUUAACAUUAUAUUAGGAACAGCCAAAGGAUUGGCCUAUCUUCAUGAGGGUCUUGAACCAAAGGUUGUCCAUCGAGAUGUAAAAUCUAGCAACAUACUACUUGAUCGCCAAUGGAACUCUAAGGUGUCUGAUUUUGGGCUGGCAAAGCUCUUAUGUUCUGAGAUAAGUUAUGUAACGACUCGUGUGAUGGGAACAUUCGGGUAUGUUGCACCAGAAUAUGCUUGCACUGGUAUGCUGAAUGAAAAAAGCGAUGUUUAUAGCUUUGGAAUUCUUAUUAUGGAGAUAAUUUCAGGCAGAAAUCCUGUUGAUUAUAGCCAAGCACCUGGAGAGGUGAAUUUGGUGGAUUGGUUAAAGACAAUGGUGGGAAAUCGAAAAUCUGAGGAAGUCGUGGACCCUAAGUUACCUGAGAUGCCUUCUUCAAAAGCACUCAAACGUGUUCUUUUAGUUGCUCUCCGGUGUGUUGAUCCUGAUGCAACAAAGAGGCCCAAAAUGGGACAUGUAAUCCACAUGCUUGAGGCCGAUGACCUACUAUUCCGAGAUGAGCGCCGCAUUGGCAGAGAAUCAUCCCAUUCCCAUCACGAUUAUCAGCAAGAGAAUCAUGCUAAUAGGAAAAUAGACAAUAAACAGUUGGAUGAAGGGGCUUGUGACUCAAGUGAAUGUGCCGACAGUGGAAGGAGCCAAUACCCACAAACUAAAUGGAGAUAACACCAUUGAUAGAUUAGGUGACUAAAAGUUCAAGCUUCUCCAACUUUUUUUCUGUCAAUUCUUUCUUCCUACUAGUUCCAAAGUUAGUUUAUUUUCGCUUUCCCUUCAAUUCAGAGAAAACAUUGAUCUUUUCUGUUCACAAUGUGCUUAGUUGAUUACAUAUUUUUUCAGACAUACCCUGCUUCAAAUUGGGAUGCAUUUGUAUACAAAGGAUUCAAUCAUCGUUCUUAUAGGAUUCAUUUAUAACCCAUUUAUGUCCUCUGAUUGUUGAACAAAA